UCUUCUCCGUUGCAAACUUUUAUGGGCCUUGUCCAGAGAAGAUUCAAGUCCAGGGGUAACACAUAUCAACCUUCCACUUUGAAGAGAAAGAGAACAUUUGGAUUCUUAGCCAGAUUGAGAACAAAGAACGGAAGAAAGAUUUUAUCCAGAAGAAAAGCCAAGGGAAGAUGGUAUUUGACCCAUUAA